CGUCCUGACCAAGCACCCACCCACGCACGCUUUCCGGGUCCCUCUGGAACCCUCUGGCUCUCUGCACCGCCCACCGUCCGCUCAAAUACCCCCAGCACCCAAAUGUGCAGCAGUCAGGCCCGCUCUUCGCCCUCCUCUCGCGCUGCCGCCCGUCCCCCGCCCGCACGCUCCUGCGCUCGUCCCCGCCGCACCGCCCUCAGUCUGCGCAUCCCCCGCUGAGCAGGCACGGCCUGGCGCUCGAUUAGCUGCUGCCCGCCAUGUACGGCCCCCAGUUCCCCACACCGCCCCCGGGCUACAUGCCCCAGGACUUCCACCACCGCACCUCGCCGCCCAUGUCGCCCGGCGCUGGUGCUCCCGCAAGCGCCAACUACUACUCGCCGCGCUACGGCAUGCCCUCGACACCGCGGGCCAGCCCCGCCGCAAAGGGCCACAGCCGCCGCGCCUCGACCGCCGUACCACAGCAGCAGUAUUCGAAUGCUUCUGCGCGGGGACCCAUGCACGGCGCAUUCCCCACGCCUCGAGCAACGCCCGAAUAUGUAAGUGGUUUCGAUUACGAUUACGUCUACGCCCGCCCGCCGCGACGGGCCCGCCGCGACUCCGACGCUCCCCUCAAGCACUCUGCGCGCGAGAAGAAGCGUCGCCCGUCGCAGUCGGCCCACUACGUCCACCGCGUCUUCUACGACCACGGGUACGGAGUUGAUUACGAGGCCGAGGAAGACGUCUACCGUCACCCGCCGCCGCCGUACACUCAGUACGCACGAUACGAGUCGUAUGGGGAUGCUGAUCGCUUUUAUUAUGAUCAGGUCCCAAUCUUUGAAGACAAGACGUCCCGCCCAAGACGCGCCUCCCACUCCACCCGCCCCGCGCCGGCCCAAGAAAAGACUCCAAAGCGCGCACCGCCCGCCAAGACCGCAUCCAAAGCUACAGAAGACGAUGCGCGCCGCGCCGGCAUCCCAGCAGGCUACUCGUACAAGAACUGGGACCCCACCGAAGAGCCCAUCAUGCUCCUCGGCAGCGUCUUCGAUGCCAACUCUCUCGGCAAGUGGAUCUACGACUGGACCGUCUUCUACAACGGCCCUGCCACGCCGCUUGCCGAGAUGGCUGGCGAGCUCUGGCUGCUACUCAUUCAACUCGCCGGCAAAGUCAAGAGAGCCGAGGAGAACAUGGGCAAGAUCCGCAGGAAGGAGAGUGCCGAGAUGGUCGAAGAUUUCCUCAUGAGCGGCGAGCGUCUUUGGAUUCGCUUCGCCAAGCUCCUCAAGACAUGCGAGGACUUCAUGUGGAAGGCCGCGAAGAAAGAGAACCGCGGCGAGAAGCCCGUUUCCAUGGGCAAGAACAGCGGCCGCGAGUUUGUCGAGUCCAUCUUUGGCCGCGACCGUGAGCUUGAAAAGACGGAGAAGCUCAUGACUGGCAUGCGUCUUUGGAGCAUGCGUUUCGAUGCCAACUGCGAAGAGAUUCUUCGCCACCCCUCUGCUUAGCGCGUUUACGCUGCCACUGCCUGGACAGUGGCAUGGUGCUGGUCUGCUCCAGCACUACUACUUCUUCUUUUGCAUUUCUUCUUGCUUUCACUGCUAUUUUUGUUUGCGCUCACUUACUGUUUACGCGAGAUACCCUUUCUUGCUGUCUAAUUGUUAAUCACGCUGCAUCUUCUGCUUUGCACGGUUCUCGCACUGUAACACUAGUUUCGAGUCGAUAUACGGAAGCGUCACAGCAUGGGCGGGUCACAGGAAAAGUCCUUUUCAUUGCGACUAUACCCCUUUCAUACUCGAUUGGUUUACUCGUACAGCAUGGUGUUCAGGCUGGCAGGGUCCAGGUUUCCUUCUGUCUUUUGGGUUUGCAACUAGAUCUGGGAUGGAACCUCAACCAUCUCUGGGAUUGGGCCUCGCGGUCAAAAGUAGUAUACCCUUAUUAUUAGCUUAUCAUUUAUCAAUGUCAGUAGUCACUACACA